AUGCUGCCUUCAGUUUUGUUCCAGGAAAGUGUGACUGCCCACGAGCUGCUCUCUCAGCCAGCAGGAAAGGUGGAGAUGGGUACUCACCUUCUGAGCAUGUUCCAGGCCAUCACCAUCAGUCCCGGCAACUCGUGCUGGGCUGGAGUCAAAUCCGUAUUCCCCAAGUGCAUCAUCCCCUCCUGUGUCCUUUUCUGGGUCCUCAGUCUGCUGAUUGAUGUCAAUGUGGUGAUAUAUGUGACAGGCCCUCGGAACAGCACCAGUGUACACGUCGCAUUCGACCUCAAGUAUUGUGCAGUAACCUCUCCCAGUACAGAGGCUGCCCUGGUAAACGCAGUUAUGGUCUCCUUCCGAGACCUGUUCUUUGUGGGGAUCACAAGCAUGGCCAGCGGUUACAUGGUGUUCAUCUUGCGCAGGCACCACCAGCGGGUCCGGCACCUUCACAGGCCUGGCCACUCCCCCAGGGUGAUGCUCGAAGUCAGAGCAGCCAAGAGGGUUGUUGCCCUGGUGACGCCCUAUGUCAUCCUCUAUGGACGACAGUCGAUCACGUUGAGUGUUUUACUAAAUAGGAAGGAGAAGUCUCCUCUGCUGGUAAAUAUCCACAUGGUGCUGUCGUUCACCUUCUCCACCAUCAGUCCAUUCCUGGUGAUUCACAGUAGGAGGGUGUUGGAGACCAGCUGCCUGGAAAGACAUGCAAACUCUCAAGAACUCCAAUAUUAG